AGAGAAACGUAACCGGCAGAUCAAAAGGAAGAAGUUUCAUUGGCCACAUAGUUACAAAUACAAGUAAUGCCUCUGAAAAGGCAUACGAAGUGGAUGACUUUGUAGCAAAAGUCCUUACAGGAAAGCUGACUACAGUGUUUCUUCCUAUAGUCUAUAUCAUUGUCUUUGUCAUCGGAUUGCCAAGCAAUGCCAUGGCACUCUGGGUCUUUUUCUUCAGAACAAAGAAGAAACAUCCUGCUGUGAUCUAUAUGGCUAAUCUGGCCUUGGCAGACCUUCUUUUUGUUGUCUGGUUCCCACUGAAGAUUGCAUACCAUGUAAAUGGCAAUAAUUGGCUAUAUGGAGAAGGUCUUUGCAAAGUCCUUGUUGCAUUUUUCUACGGAAAUAUGUACUGCUCCAUCCUUUUUAUGACAUGUCUCAGUGUGCAACGAUAUUGGGUUGUGGUAAACCCCAUAGUACAUUCAAGAAAGAAAUCCGAAAUUGCAUUGGGCAUCUCCCUUGCUAUCUGGAUCCUGAUUUCACUGAGCACCAUUCCAUUGUAUCUUGUUAAUCAGACUACUUAUAUUCCACAGCUGAACAUCACCACCUGCCAUGAUGUAUUACCUGAAAAUGUUUUGGCUCGCGACCUGUUCAAUUACUUCCUCUCACUCGCAAUUGGACUCUUCUUAUUGCCAGCUCUCAUCACUGCUGUUGCUUACAUAUUAAUGAUAAAGACUCUGAAUGCUUCCAUUUCAGACAUACACACAGGAAAGAAACGAAAACGAGCAAUCAAGCUUAUUAUUACUGUCCUGUCCAUGUAUCUCAUCUGUUUUACGCCUAGCAAUGUGCUGCUUGUUGUACACUACUUACUCCUGAAAACCAAUGGUCAGAGUUAUUUGUAUCUGUCAUACAUAACUGCUCUGUGCCUCUCUACACUGAACAGCUGUAUCGAUCCAUUUGUCUAUUACUAUAUUUCAAAAGACUUCAGAGAUAACUUUAAAAAUGCUCUUCUUUGCCGAAGUGUGCGGACAACACGGAGAAUGCAAGUGUCUCUCUCAUCGGGUAGAUACCCCAAGAAAUCCAAUUCUUAUUCCUCAAACUCAAACGGAACAACCAAAUCAACCUACUGAGUUCGGAGAGAAGUGAACCUUUAUUAGUACUUCUUAGAGGAUGUAAGUGACAAAGUUACUUUGUGCAAGAGUCUGAAGAAACAGCUUUGCUUCUAGAUUCCCGAAGAAGUCUUAAUUUCAGAACUGGUAACUGCUUAU